AUGACCUCCAAGUUAUCAUUAUCAGAAGAGGAUCUCUCCUGUCCCGUGUGCUAUGACCUCUUCAGGGAUCCUGUUCUCCUCUCCUGUAGUCACAGUGUGUGUAAAGCCUGUCUGCAGCGGUUCUGGAAAGAAAAGACGUCGAAGGAGUGUCCGGUCUGCAGGAGAAGAUCUUCAAAAACCUCCCCACCAUCCAACCUCGUGUUGAAGAACCUGUGUGAGACUUUCUUACAGGAGAGUCAGAGAUCUUCAGUGGUCUCUGAGGAGUUCUGCAGUCUGCACAGUGAGAAACUCAAACUCUUCUGUCUGAAGGAUAAACAGCCAGCGUGUGUGGUGUGUCAGACUUCAGAAAAACACACAAACCACAAAUUUCGUCCAAUAGAUGAAGCUGCUCAUGGUCUUAGGGAGGAACUGAGGACUACACUGAAGCCCUUACAGGAGAAACUGGAGAUCUUUAAAAAAGUCAAACUGAGCUGUGAUAAAACAGCAGAACACAUAAAAACUCAGACCAAAAGCACUGAGAGGCAGAUCAAGGAGGAGUUUGAGAAACUUCAUCAGUAUCUACGAGAUGAAGAGACAGUCAGGAUAACUGCACUGAGAGAGGAGGAGGAGCAGAAGAGUCAGAUGAUGAAAGAGAAGAUUGAGGAGAUGAGUAGAGAGAUAUCAUCUCUUUCAGACACAAUCAGAGCCAUAGAAGAGAGGAUCAAAACUAAAGCCAUUACAUUUCUGAAAAACUUUGGGGACACAAUGAAAAGAGCCCAGUGCAUACCACAGGAUCCAGAGAUGGUUUCAGGAGCACUGAUCAAUGUGGCAAAGCACCUGGGUAACCUGAAGUUCAGAGUUUGGGAGAAGAUGCAGGACAUUGUUCAAUACACUCCUGUGAUUCUGGACCCCAACACUGCAGCACCACGACUCAUCCUGUCUGAGGAUCUGACCAGUGUGGCAUACAGUGGUGAGAAACAGAAGAUUCCUGAUAAUCCAGAGAGAUUUCAUGGAUAUCCAAGUGUUCUGGGCUCUGAGGGCUUUAACUCAGGAACACACUGCUGGGAUGUUGAUGUUGGGGACAAUACACUCUGGUCCUUGGGUGUGACCACAGAGUCAAAUCAGAGGAAGGAAAAGACAUUCUUUGACACUGGUGUCUGCCGUGUUCGGUAUAUGGAUGGCCAGUAUGCGUCACAGGCCUCGGGUGAGUCGUUAACUCCACUGACAGUGAGUAAGAAACCCCAGAGGAUCAGAGUGGAACUGGACUGGGACAGAGGAAAACUCUCAUUCUCUGAUCCUCUAAAUAACACACACAUACACACCUUCACACAUACUUUUAACGAGAGAAUGUUUCCAUUCAUCCAAAAUCACUGUAAACUCUCUCCUCUGAGGAUCUUACCAGUAAAGAGUCGUAAAACCAUGGCUUCCAGACCUUCCAAACGAGAAGAGGAUCUCUCCUGUCCUGUGUGCUGUGACAUCUUCAGUGAUCCUGUUGUCCUGUCAUGUAGCCACAGUGUGUGUAAAGUCUGUCUGAGGAGGUUUUGGGAGAGUAAAGGAACUCAGGAGUGUCCAUUGUGUAGGAGGCGAUCAUCAAGAACUGAUCCUCCUCAUAACCUUGUGUUAAAGAACCUGUGUGAGACUUUCUUACAGGAGAAAUGUCAGAGGUCUUCAUCAGGGUGUGAGGAGCUCUGCGGUCUGCACAGUGAGAAAUUCAAACUCUUCUGUCUGGAGGAUGAACAGCCUGUGUGUGUGGUGUGUCGGGAUUCAAAAAAACACACAAACCACAGAUUCCGUCCAAUAGAUGAAGCUGUUCAUGGCUGUAGGGAUAAACUGAAGACUAGACUGAAGGUCUUACAGGAGAAACUGGAGAUCUUUAAAACAUUCAAAGUGACCUGUGAUGAAACAGCAGAACACAUUCAGAUUCAGGCCCAACACACAGAGACAAAGAUUAGGAAAGAGUUUGAGAAACUUCACCAGUUUCUACGAGAUGAAGAGACUGUCAGGAUAACUGCACUGAGAAAGGAAGUGGAGCAGAAGAGUCAGAUGAUGAUAGAGAAGAUUGAGAGAGUGACCAGAGAGAUUUCCACUCUCUCAGACACAAUCAGAUUCAUAGAGGACAAUUUGGGUGCAAAAGACAUUCUUUUUAUGACAAACUUUAAGGACACAAAGAAAAGAGCCCAGUGUACACUGCAGGAUCCAGAGAUGCUUUCAGGAGCACUGAUAAAUGUGGCAAAGCACUUGGGUAACCUGAAUUUCAGAGUGUGGGAGAAGAUGGAGGACAUUGUUCAAUACACUCCUGUGAUUCUGGACCCCAGCACUGCAGGACCAUGGCUUACCCUGUCUGAGGAUCUGACCAAUGUGAGAUACAGUAAUGAGAAACAGCAGAUUCCUGAUAAUCCAGAGAGAUUUGAUACAUAUGCAUGUGUUCUGGGCUCUGAGGGCUUUAACUCAGGGACACACUGCUGGGAUGUUGAUGUUGGGGACAGUACAUGCUGGACCUUAGGUGUGACCACAGGGUCAAAGCAGAGGAAGGGAGACACAUUCUUUAACACUGGUGCCUGGCGUGUUCGGUUAGAUGAUGGUAAAUACUGGUCAGUGGCCUCAGGAGGGUCACAUACCCCACUGACAUUUAAAAAGAAACCGCAGAAGAUCAGAGUAAAACUGGACUGUGACAGAGGAAAACUCUCAUUCUAUGAUCCUCUAAAUAACACACGCUUACACACCUACACACACACUUUUACUGAGAGAAUGUUCCCAUUCUUCUAUAAUAACUGUAAACUCUUUCCUCUGAGGGUCUUACCAGUAAAGUGUUGUGUAACAGUGAAACAGCUCAGUUAG